CAGCAGCACCAGCAGAAGAUACCAGACCAGCAGAAGAUACCAGACCAGCAGAGAGUAUGCAGUACGUUCGUUGUCCCGUCAUCUUGGUGCUCGUGGGGUUGGUUCUGGGCGGUCCAGGUGUUUCCUCACAGGCCGACAGAGACCAGGAUCAGCAUCAGUACCAGAACCAGGACCUGGACCUGGAGCUGCGUCACCACCGGCUGCUGCAACAAGCUCGCAGCGCCGGACUCCUGUCACAGGACUGGAGUAAACGUGCAGUGGUUGACCUGCUGGCCCAGAUGUCUCUGCCAGAGGCCGCCGCGCAGCGAGAGGCUGAGGUUGUUUCCAUGGCAACCGGAGGAAGGAUGAACUUGGAGCGGUCUGUUGACCCCCCCAACAACCUGCCCCCCCGUGAACGCAAAGCCGGCUGCAAGAACUUUUACUGGAAGGGCUUCACUUCCUGUUAAAGCCCCGCACAGCAGACCAACCGACCAAUCCCAGAUCACCUGAACUUCACCUGAGCGACUGGACGGACCAAUCAGCAGCUGUCUGGCUUCACUGUACCUGAAUAAUUUAUGAAAUAAUCAAUAAAAAAGAAAUCAGUCAA